AUGCUAACUCUUAGUGUGGAUGCGGACACAGUGGAGUACCGUCGGUCGACAGAGUCGGAGUUUUCGCGACUAGAACAGGAGCGAGCAACAGCUCAAAUGGAACUCUCUGAGGUGGAAGAGCACUACCGCACCCUGUUGGGGAAGAGACGUAAUGCUGCAGCUGAAAUGUCUGCACCUAUCGAUUUGCCCUCGGAACAAGCAGAUUUGGAGCUCUACGCACUACAGAUGCGCGAAGAGCUGCUCUCCACUAAUCCCUCUAUUCGCGCUCUACCCGUCCUUCGUCUUUCUGAUAAUCCACCCAUUCAUCAAAGUAUCCAUGUGUCCUGCGAGCACUUGCGCAACCGCCUAGACAUGGAGACAGCCACCAAUCGGGAUCGACUAAACGAGGAGCGGUGGAAGCGAAUCCAAGUGGAAGAACUGCUGCGCUCACGUGCACGAGAGGCCAAUGAACGCAUAGCUGAGGUAACGCGGAAUUUUGAGGUCUCCAAACAGAACAUUGAACGGGCAACGGAACGCGCUUCUGCUGAGGUCAAACGACUGCAAGUGAGCCCUUCUGGCACUUAUUACCUACUUGCUUGUUUUAAGUAG